CACUGUGUUGCCUGAGUGCUGCUGCAUCGAACAUCGCCUGGCCAAUCCGUAGUUGUGCCUGAGAGGAUUAGUUUUAUGCCAUUGGAAGCCUGUGCAUCCGAGCCGUCAAUUCAACAGGCUGUGUGAUUGGGCACGGCUGAGUCACUGCGAAUCAAACAUCCUCGCUGCCUCACGACAUACCUUCUCAGAGCAUCGUGCCUGCAGCCUCGACAAUGGCACCCUCUACCACAAAUUCUGGUAUUACAACAGACGAGGCCAGCGGAGAGCGUCACAUUCCAGAGUCUAUUCGAGCCGACGGGAGCAAACGCAAGGCCAUCAAGAUCCGACCCGGCUACCAACCCCCCGAAGAUGUCCAGGUCUACAAGAAUCGUCCCGCAGAAGCCUUUCGGGAGCGAGGAAAGCGAAUAGGCAUACCUGGCGCUGCCUCGGCGCAAGAUGAGAAGCCAGACCAAGGCUCGGCCGCGAGCAAUAAGAAUGCGAAACGCCGAGAGGCCCGCAAAAAGGCCAAGGCGGCUGGCGACGGUGAGGGCGAGGCCAAGGAAGACACAAUUGCAGCUACGCAAGAUGGCCAGCCCAAGGUGGAAGAGGUUGAUCCUGAGGUUGAGCGCGAGAAAAAGGCUAGAAGUCUUAAGAAGAAACUCAAGCAAGCCAAGGAGCUCAAGAUGAAGAAGGAUGGAGGCGAAGGUCUGUUGCCCGAGCAGAUCGCCAAGGUCAUCAAGAUCAACGAACUCAUUCGCGAAUUGGAUGCCCUUGGCUUUGAUGCAGACGGCGAGCCGAAGACGGAGACGAAAGAUGGCGUAGCGGAGGGCAGCGAGAACAACAAAUGAAGGGCAUUUCUGCACGAGACAAUCCAAACAAGGGAACCCCGCCGUCCUCAGUCGAUACGUUUAAUACCACGCCAAUCACAGGAAGGGAGCUCUUUGCAGCUACAGUUGGAGGGAUCCUUCAAGUUUCGCCAGCCCAGAGUCCAGCGCGCAGGUUGAAGGCACAUUAUUGGGGAUGCCGGUUACAACGAGGGGCCUGGAGGGCUUCUACAGCUUUGAGACUUGGAGUAGCGGGGCAUUGAAAGAUCCCUGUACGUCUAUCCCAGGAGCAUGGGGUAGAUAAGGCUUUGAGAUAUGGUCCAUGUAUAUAAGACAUCUACGCGCCUACAACUCAUAGUACUCCAUACCUACACUGCCAUUAUGUUU